AUGGGAGGUGACACCAAAAAGGAUCAUGAGGGGAAACCCCUUAAAAAAGACGAGCACGGCGAGUUUGAAGACGGUGCCUCGUUUGUGGGAAGUGCCGAAUUUCAGGAUCACGCCAAAGCCGACUCAAUGUCUCAACUCUCCCUGAAUUUAGUUGGAGAUCCAGCCGAUGUGGCAAGGCAAUUGUUGCCGGUGCCUCCAGAUGGUGGAUAUGGAUGGGUGAUUGUGAUCGCGGCUUUCUUCUCUAAUCUCAUCGUCGACGGGAUUUGCACGUGCUUCACCGAGUUUAAGCAGAGCUAUAAAGAACAUUUCAAGGGAUCAGAUGCUUCAACAGCACUCAUCGGAUCACUCCUUAUCGGAUCUUAUUUGCUUGUCGGUCCCUUCGUCGGUGGAAUGUGCAACAAGUUCGGCUCAAAGAAAACGGUGAUGAUCGGAUCGGUCAUCGCCGGUUGUGCCUUCAUCGCAUCGACUUUCUCCCCAAAUCUCACAGUUUUUAUCAUCAUUUACGGAAUUCUUGGAGGCAUCGGCUUCGGAAUGAUCUAUUUGCCGGCGAUUGUUGUUGUUGGAUAUUACUUUGAGAGUAAAAGAGCUGUUGCCACAGGAAUCGCCGUUGCCGGUUCGGGAGUGGGAACAAUCGUGAUGCCAUUCGUCGCUCGUUACUGUGUCCAAAACUUCGGCUGGCAAAAAGCCGAUUGGGUUCUGGCCGUGUUGAUCUUCACAUGUAUCGCCUUCGCCUGUCUUUACAAAGAAUUAACGCCACCAGCUUUAGCUGAAAAGGCGAAAGAUGUCGAAUUACAGCCAUUGAAGGAAAAUGGACAUGAGCAUGAGACUCUUGGAGUGAAACCGAAUGGGGACGCGAUGGAGAAAGUGAAGAACGCGCUCGAGAAAUGCGAUGAUGACGAUGAGAAGUCGCCACGACAGCGCACCGACAGUCAAGGCGCUCAGCACAGACCAAGAAAAAUGACGUUGACCAGCAUCAGCUCCGAACUCUCCGAAUCAAAAGGAAAUCUCGCGAAAGUCUCCGCAAAAACUUUCGCCAACUCAGUGAAUCGACUCUCUAAAGACGGGCAAUCACAAUUGAGUCUCAAUCUUACUGGACAUGAAGCUGAAGAGAUCGCUAAGCCGUUGAAUCGUCAAGACGCUCUCUACACUGGAUCUGUCACUAAAUUGAACAAAUUCAAGGAAGAAGGAGACGCCUUGUCGUAUCGUGCAUCGAUCACGAACAUUCCAGGAACGGUGAUCGGUGAGGGAGCUGUGCCCGAUGAUAGCAAAUGCAAAUGGAUCCCAGCUGGUGUGCGCAAUACGUUUAACGAGAUGAUCGAUUUGAAAUUGAUGAUGGACCCGGUCAUGUUCCUCUUAUGCAUCUCAAAUCUGCUCGGAAUGAUGGGCUUCUACAUCCCGUUCGUUUUCUUGAAGGAUUUGGCUCUUUUCAAGGGAAUCUCCGAAGAUGAAGCGAUGUAUCUGGUGCCCAUUAUUGGAGUCACCAACACAGUUGGCAGGGUUAUCUGUGGCUGGCUGGCCGAUCGUCAAUUCGUCUCCUCGCUCACCAUCAACAAUUUCUCACUUGUCACUUGCGGUCUCCUUUGCUUUGUUGCCCCAUUCUGUAACACCUACACAACACUUGUCGUCUACGCAGCUCUCUUCGGACUUAUCAUUUCUGCCUACAUCUGUCUCACCUCAAUCGUUUUGGCUGAUCUUUUGGGCAUUGAGAAAUUGACGAACUCUUUCGGUCUUCUCGUCGUCUACAGAGGUUUCGCUUGCCUUCUCGGAACUCCGUUUGCUGGUUUGGCUUAUGAUUUAACCCUCUCGUACGACAUGUGCUUCUACUUGGGCGGUGCUGUGAUCCUCGUCGCCGGCCUUGUCUCCUGUGCAAUCCCAUGCGUUCAUCGUUGUCGCCGAUCUCAGGGACAAAAUGAAGGUGAUUACAUAAAACCGACGCCGAUCUUCGAGUACACCGAUAAUAUGUCGGGAAAAUUGUCGGUGCUGACCGAGAGAUCGGAAGAAGCUUUGACUGAGUAUCAGAGAACGAUACAAUCACUCAGACAACAACAUGCCCUUUUGAAGGAAAUGGAGUUGGAAGCCAAGCCGCAAAGAAAUAAAAACCCGAGCGCUUUCGAAGAAAAUGUUGAGAGAGUUGAUGCUUAUUCUUUA